AACGUCAAGUGCUUAUAUUUAUAAACAGAAAUCUGUUCUAAUUGCUUACUCAAUUUCCAGAAGUGCGACGUGAAAUCAAGCUUUAUUAACUUACUAAUAGAGCGGUACACUCCUUAAUAGUGCGAAAUAUUUGUAUUUUCAAUAUGAGCAGUAGCUACUACUUCGCAAUAGUUGGUCAUAAUGACAAUCCUAUUUUCGAAAUGGAAUUUGUAAAUGCCAAUAAGGAAACUAAGAAAGAAGAUCAUCGACAUCUUAAUCAGUUCAUAGCUCAUGCUGCUCUCGAUUUAAUUGAUGAGCACAAGUGGAAGACGAACAACACCUACCUAAAAUCAAUUGACAAAUUUAACCAGUGGUUCGUUUCUGGCUUUGUUACCGCGUCGCAUUUGCGCUUCAUAAUGGUGCACGAUAACCGAAACGAUGAAGGGAUUAAGAGUUUUUUCAACGAAAUGUAUGAAAUAUAUAUUAAGCAAUUGAUGAAUCCGUUUUAUUCGCCAAACACACCCAUUAAGUCAGCUAUGUUUGAAAAAAAGGCUCAGCUCUAUGGUCGAAAAUUUCUUGGGUCAUAAGUCAUCGUAGCCAUAAUUAGGCAUCGUACCUUAUGUUAGUAUUUCAGCAUUCUAUCAUUUAACUACUAAAUAAAACUAUGUUUUCUUAUCCACG